GGAGUCUCACCGACUUCCUUCAGCUCCAACUCACGUCAAAGGUGUGGAGUUAACAUGGCUUGAUUGCAACCUACGAACCUACGCCAACGGCAAUGUGCUGCAUGUUGGUCUGCAUGUUAGUUAUAUUGGCACCAAUUACUGGACCCGGGUACCCGGAGACGUGCUUUACUGCAGGGAAGUUAGCAUGUCCGCAUGUAUGAUAGCCAUGUGGUGUUGGAAAGUUCCGACUCCGAAUGACCCGGUGAGUAGAUGUCUGCAAUCAUAAAUACCUAGUAGGUAAACACUCGGAACGAUUUAUCAAAAUGCGGGCAGUGAUUCGUAAUUGACUAUCUCACUAUCUAAGUAUCCGCGCAACUGUGAAAAGAAACCGAAAAGAAAUACCAUAAACUCCUCCCUCUUUUUUUUUCUGUUUUUUUAGUGGUUUUAUACCAUUAACGAAUCCACCAUGGUUGUUAGAGUGCUCAUGCUUAUCCACCGAAAGUCAGGUCUGACUCCGCAACAAUUCCAAAAGCAUUAUGAAGAAAUCCAUAUGCCCUUAACUAAGGAGGUCGCCGGAGAGACAUUCCCCAUUUCGCAUAUUAGACGAUACAUUCCGCGGUCUGUGUCGCCGCAAGAUUCAUCGACCGAGAAGAAGCAGUAUUCGGCCGUUGUCGCCUGGGGAAACCCAGCAGAUGUCGAAAUCGAUUGUGUCACGGAAUUGAUAUUCCGAGAUAAGAAGCAUUUGCAGUCGUAUUUUGAAAUGCCUCAUGCUCCUGGUGCCGCAGCCAGAUUAGAAGCAGAGGCGGAAAACUUCGCAGAAAAGUAUACCACUAUCAUAGUGGAAGAAUGUAGGGAGACGUUGGGAAUGUCGAAGUUGUGAUGAAAUGAAUUGGCAGUCAGCCCAAUCGGGCAACGCCACGAAAUGAUACCCUUGGUCGAAAAUAAGAGACAAGGCAGGGAAUCGAAGUACAGCAACUAA